AUGAGCAGACUGGUAUCGCACAACUACGCUGCAGUCGUAGUCGGAGCUGGUCCGGCCGGCGUCGCGGUGCUGGGAAACCUACUCGAGUUAGGGCUGAACAAAAUCGCCUGGAUCGACCCAACGUUCGAUGGGGGACGUGUAAACAGUAAAUAUCGAGAAGUCCCGAGCAAUACCAAAGUAUCGUUUUUUCGCUCUUAUGCUACCAGCGUACAACCAUUUCGCAACAUCGUCCAAAGCACCCGAACUCCUAAUGCUUUUUCGGUUAUGAAUAAGCUGGAUCAGGAUGAUACGUGCUCUUUACACUAUGCUGCCGAUAUGUGUAAAGAUCUUACGGCUGGUUUGCUCAAAAUGAAACAAGUCUCUCAUUACCGCGGUGAAGUGACAAGUGCCAAUUUUGAAGACCAUAACUCAACAUGGACAGUUCGGAUUCGCUUAGCCGAUUCCCCUACGUCCAAUACCGAAGUAUUCGCUCCUCGACUCAUUCUGUGCACAGGCUCAGCACCGAUAGCAACACCCGCGCAGCCAGUCGUAGCAGACAAUGCCAUCGAGCAACUUGACCUCGACACAGUCCUGAAGCCAAGCAUCCUCCACGAAGCAUUGCCCAAGAACGAGCCUGUGACAGUCGCAGUCAUUGGCGCAUCGCACAGCGCCAUCUUAGCAAUCAUGAACCUGGUUGAUCUGGCACGCACCAGCCAUCCCAACCUACGCUUGAAAUGGUUCACGAGACACCCGCUUCGAUAUGCAGAAUUCAUGGAUGGCUGGAUUCUGCGUGACAACACAGGCCUGAAAGGUCAAGCAGCGGAAUUCGCACGCGAACAACUUGAAGAUUCGCGCCUACCCGUCUCUGAAGCUGGGCAAUUCAUUGAAAAAGUCGACACAAGCAAGGGUAAAGAAACGGCAGCUUAUGCAAGCCACUUCCCGAAUUGCACGCAUAUACUUUACGCAGUAGGUUAUAAGCGCAAUCCGCUACCGCGGCUUAGUCGAAAUGGCCGUGUAUUACUUCUAAAUGACGACCACAAACAGCUUGAGUGGGACUCUGGGUUUGGUGGAUUCUUGGAUGAGCACAAAGAAGUUAUUCCGGGCUUGCAUGGUGCAGGUAUUGCGUUUCCUGAGAGAGUUGCUGAUCCCAUCCGCAAUGUUGAGCAUGCGGUGGGGUUUUUUAAGUUUAUGAAGUUUUUGAAGAGAGUUACACCUAUGUGGAUAUGA